AAAUAGAAUAAAUGCUUUCUGUCGCUACUGCACCAUCCUGAAGCCACAUAAACUCGUAAUUUCUCUUCUAUCUAUUCUUUCUUUUACCUGGCAUGACAUCCGAGGUCAUGGAUGAUGUCCAGCAAGACUCUGAUGGCAACACCGGGUCCGAGUCCGCCGCUUCUCAUCACGGCGAUAAUGAUGAUGUGUUUAAUACACCCGUGGAGACCAAAACAGGGUUCCGCUUGAAGUUGCUCCCUCCGAAGCCUCCGUCGCACCGUGAACGCCGCCCUUCCAUUAAUCUCACUGGUGUCCCACUCUCCUCCACACUCCAUGAUGAAGAGUUCGCUUCCGACAAUGAGUCCUUCAAUCCCUCACCCAUGAAGAAGGCCCACAAGCGGCAGAGCACAGCCAAUAAUGAUCAAUCUGACUCUAGUGUUAAGAUAACAGACCAAACCAAAGCUUCGCAAACUGCAGCCAUGAAGAAGCCACGCACCACGACUCAAACUAGCCAGAAUGAUCCAGUACCUGAUGAUCCUGGGAAGCGCAAGCGUGGACGGCCCAAGAAGACUGCGCCACCCCCUCCAGAGCCAGCAACUAUAAUUAUGUCGCUAUCAGUCUAUGUUGAGGUCGAGCGACCACCGCUCAUGGUACGUGGAAAGCGAGGUGCUAAAAAGGCCGAGAAGCAGGAGCCAAUCAUGCUUGGAACGAGGCGUUUAACAGAAGAUGUCAGCUGGGAAGGUUGCAUUGACAUAAUCGCAGAUCUGGUGCAGAUGCCUCGGGAAGCUAUUGAUACCAGUGCGCUUCGUUGGACUUUGCUCACUCGCAGCGGAAAGAAAGGUGGUAUUUUACCUCUCACUGGUCCAGAUACAUACAGUGCAAUGAUUACACGUGUGAAAGCCCUUCCUGGUGAUGGACAAGCAACAUCCAGCAUUGUCUUUAUCAUUCCCGAGCCUCAGAAGAAGAAAGCUGUUGAUCUGCCUUGGCUCUCCAACACCCCAGAGCCAGCAGAACCAGGACCCUAUGAUGAUGAAUUGGCCACUCUAAUUGGCAAGAAGGAGAGCCUCGACAAAAAGCUGGAGCCAAUCAAAAAUGAUCUCACGUACAGGUACAAAAUUGGCGCUUGUUCGCUCCAUCCCGACAAACGCUGCUUCCAUUAUACGCCAAAGGACUGGCACUUCGAGCUUGAUGAAAACCGAUUGGGAGUUUGGGCUCAUGCGAUUUCUCGAGAUAAUACCAACUUCUUGUUACCACCACUGGAAAACAAGUUCUUCAAGCAAGAUCAAACUAUCGACUAUCGUGCUUCACGAGUCUCACAUACGCCCAAGACGCCUCAUGCUCCUGUAACGCCCCAUGCUCCUGUAACACCUCAUGCCCCCUUAACACCUGGCAUGCAUGGUGCAUACCACUUCCCUGGAUUUGGCUACGGUGCGAUGCCGGUCACACCAGGACCAUUCAUGCAUCCUGGAUAUGGCUUUCCACCAUAUCCGAUGUUUAUGAACACCCCUUCUACAGGCCAUACUGUCCCUGGAAUGACCUUGUCAGUAUCAGGAUCCUCGCCAAGUCGUUCAAGCCCUCCACUUCCAGUUGUAGAUGACUUGGCAGAGUGGUGCCGUAGUAUCAAAGUCGCUGAUGAGGUAGCCGAGUAUCUUGAUAAUCUGGGCUUUACAGUGGGAUGUAACGUGAAUGAAUUAUCAAGGGAUGACGUUGCUGCUGCGGGGUUCAAACCUUUGCAAUGGAGUGAGUUCAAGAAGCGGUAUAAUAAGUAUUUAAAGGAACAUCGUCACUAGCCAUUCUACAAUAGAUUAGUUCUAUCCAAAGUUAAAUAUAUCCACUGUGCCGAAACCAGCCAGGAGCAUUCUCCGGCGUCACGGCGAUCAUGCAAGCUUCGUAAAGUGCAAGCUCAGGAAAUGGAUGGUUCUCGAACUCCCGCCAGUGUCGGCGAAGAUAUGCUUUCACUGUAGGAUAACGUUAGAAACCAGUGAACAUCUCCAAGCGAGAGGAUAACAUCACCAGCAGCAAAGCUCUCUUCAAUC